AGCAGGGUGAAAACAGAUUCCGAUCUCUGAUUCUCAUCCAGUAUCGCUUCCACGAUGUUUUGAGGUGUUAGUAAUAACACGUAAUGCAGCUGAAUUAACACAUGUGUAAGUACACAGUUUUUGUAACUUUAGCUUAUAAGGGGAUCUUAUGUUUUAAUUUUAUGGAUAGACCAAAUGAAUAUAAUUUUGUGUUUUCACCUCUCCCACUGAAGAAGGAAGUUAUGCCGUCCUAACUCGCUGGGGUUAUCAUUAUCAAUACUGGGCACCUUCAUUUGUGAAGUUUGUGGUGGAGACAAAAUAAAAACUGGAACAGGGGAUGUAAAGGUGCAUGUGCCUUCUGCUUCACCAGAUGAUCUUAUGAAGUGUUUAAACAACGGACAUGAGGUAGUGCUAAGAACUGGACUAAAUACUGACUUCUCAGUAGAUGUGAGUUUUGGAGUGAGACGAGGUAAAAGUGGUCAUGAUGUAGUGGUUCUUAAAUGUAAAGAAAAUGAUACAACUUUUAAAUUGGAGUUAGUUAUAGAAGAAAAUACAUGUAGUUUACAAUAUUUUACAUGUCCUGACGUAUCCUGCCAAGAAGUGUAUUCGUCUCUUAGUAAACUUUGGCAUCAUCACUCUAAACACCAUAUUUUUCUAAACAAAAAUGAUGUUGUUGAAAAUAUCUCUUACUGCUGUUGUGAUGAAUUGUUUCUUUCGUUUCAAAACUAUGCUGAACAUGUUUAUAAUCAUCAUAUGAAUACAUCAUCAGUGAAGUUUAACUUUGAAAGAAUCAAGCCAGAAACUGGCUACGUAGACUCAGUUAAGUGGUUUCCUGGGGUUAGGAAAAAUACAUUUAAAGACUUGCUUGAACUUGCAUUUAAAAUUAUAAAGAACUUUGGAAACUAUUGGCUUUUCUUUAAAAACUGUCAGGACUUUGCUUCAUGGUACCUUCACUCUGCAGGAAUUCCACUUGAAUGGAUUCUUCCAACAAACACUGAUAAUAUAACUGGAAGUGGAACAAGUGGUGUGUCUGUCCAGCGUUUCAAAAUGUUGACUUUAUAUAAUAAUAGAAAGCAUGAAACAAGUGGUCUUAAAGACAUAAAAAACGAGUAUACAGCAAGCUGUGCAAAGUGUAUUCUUCCUCCUAUGUCACUAGAGGACCUUACACAACAUAUAAGGAUUGCUCAUUCCCAACAGAAUGAAGAAAAAUGUCAACAAAAUGAGGAGCUACAGACAGAAAUAAGCAAUGAAUCCAAACACCAAAUAUUUCAUGGUAAGUAA